CCGUGGCUGUGGGCCGGGAAGCGACACCAGCGGCUCCCAGAGCCCGAAGCGGAGCAGCAGCCGCCGCCGCCGCCGCUGCCAUGGCGGUAAAGGACCCCACAGCUGUGGAGAGAGCCAACUUGCUGAACAUGGCUAAAUUGAGUAUCAAAGGGCUGAUUGAGUCGGCUCUGAGCUUUGGCCGAACCUUGGACUCUGACUAUCCUCCUUUGCAGCAGUUCUUUGUGGUCAUGGAGCAUUGCUUGAAGCAUGGAUUGAAAGUAAGAAAAUCUUUUCUCAGUUACAAUAAAACAAUCUGGGGGCCCUUGGAGCUGGUGGAGAAACUGUACCCAGAAGCAGAGGAGAUAGCAGCUAGUGUGAGAGAUUUGCCUGGACUUAAGACCCCCCUGGGUCGUGCCAGAGCAUGGUUACGACUGGCCCUCAUGCAAAAGAAAAUGGCUGACUAUUUGCGCUGCUUGAUAAUUCAAAGAGAUCUGCUGAGUGAAUUCUAUGAAUAUCAUGCCCUAAUGAUGGAAGAAGAAGGAGCAGUUAUUGUUGGCCUUCUGGUAGGCCUGAAUGUGAUAGAUGCUAAUCUGUGUGUAAAGGGAGAAGACUUAGACUCACAAGUUGGGGUAAUCGACUUUUCUAUGUAUUUAAAGAAUGAAGAAGAUAUUGGAAAUAAAGAAAGGAAUGUUCAAAUUGCUGCCAUUUUGGAUCAGAAGAAUUAUGUUGAAGAAUUAAACAGACAACUGAACAGCACAGUCAGCAGCCUCCAUUCAAGAGUUGAUUCAUUAGAAAAGUCAAACACUAGACUGAUUGAAGAGUUAGCAAUAGCAAAGAACAAUAUCAUUAAACUCCAAGAAGAAAAUCAUCAGUUACGAAGUGAAAAUAAACUGAUUUUAAUGAAAACACAACAACAUUUAGAGGUUACCAAAGUAGACGUGGAGACUGAGCUUCAGACAUACAAACAAUCUCGUCAGGGACUGGAUGAGAUGUACAAUGAGGCCCGCAGACAGCUUCGAGAAGAAUCCCAGUUACGACAAGAUGUAGAGAAUGAGCUUAUGGUGCAAGUCAGCAUGAAACAUGAAAUUGAGCUUGCCAUGAAGUUGUUGGAAAAAGACAUCCAUGAGAAACAAGAUACUCUUAUAGGCCUUCGACAACAACUGGAGGACGUUAAAGCCAUUAACAUAGAGAUGUAUCAGAAGCUGCAGGGCUCAGAAGAGGGCAUGAAAGAAAAGAAUGAAAUAAUUGGUCGACUGGAGGACAAGACCAAUAAAAUCACUGCUGCCAUGAAACAACUGGAACAAAGAUUGCAGCAAGCAGAGAAGGCUCAAAUGGAAGCCAAGAAUGAGGAUGAGAAAUUUGAACAAGAGUGUCUGAGUCAGUCUGACAGCCUACAGAAACAGAUAUCCCAAAAGGAGACACAGCUGGCUCAAUUGGAAACUGAUUUGAAGAUUGAAAAGGAGUGGAGGCAAACUCUGCAAGAGGAUCUUCAGAAGGAGAACGAUGCUCUUUCUCAUCUGAGAAAUGAGACGCAACAAAUCGUCCGUCUUAAAAAAGAAUUUCUGAGUCUCCAGAAUGAAAAUCAACAGUUGAAAAAAAUAUAUCAGGACCAGGAACAAGCCCUUCAAGAACUUGGCAGCAAGCUCAGCGAAUCGAAACUUAAAAUAGAAGAUAUAAAAGAAGCCAACAAGGCGUUACAGGGUCAGGUUUGGUUGAAAGAUGAAGAAGCAACACACUGUAAAUUGUGUGAAACGGAAUUCUCACUUUCUAAAAGAAAGCACCAUUGUCGAAACUGUGGGGAAAUUUUUUGUAACGCCUGCUCUGACAACGAGCUGCCUUUGCCUUCGUCACCAAAGCCCGUUCGAGUCUGUGAUUCCUGUCACGCUUUGCUGAUCCAGAGAUGCUCAUCCAACGUGCCCUGAGACUCCCGGCAAGCGCACCCUGACUGGGGCCGGCCUGAGCGUGCGUAUUAGAUGUACGUCCGUGUCUUCACCAGUUUCAGAAACUUCUGGCUCAUCCUCGAUAGGCUUCAUGUGUACGUGCUCCCAGAGCAAAAGUUGUACCCUGUUAACUCAAACACUACAGAAAUUCUGAGAUGGAUUUCACUUUUUAUUUUUCAAUGUUUUUAAUUUCUAAGCAAAAUGCCUUUGUAAGGGACCUUUGAACUAUUCUUGCAAAUAGAAAAUUUUCAACAGACUAGGCACAUUUCUUUGAACAUUAAUUUAAAUAACUGAAAAUAAUUAGAUGUAAUUCAUAAUGAGCUGAUAGGGUAUCGGAUUUAAAGAAAAUGGAGGUCUUUUAAAGGCCACAUGGAUGUGUACAAAACCAAGAUUUUUGCCUUAUCUCAGACCUUCCCAAAAUCCCAGGCUUGUUAUAUUCUUCUGCCUAAUUGAUUCAAAAGAGUUGCUAUUUUUUGAUGGUGCCUGCAAUUCUUUUUCAAUGCACUUUAUAAGCUUCAUAGUUCUCAGAAAAAUACUGUGCAUAAGAAAAAAAUCAAUUUUACAAGUGUUUCUAUUUUACAGACCAAUUAUACCAAGAAUGGUAUAUAUUUUUUUCAUCACAAUAUAUACUGACUGUGAACAAUUGAGUUAGAUAGCAUAGUAAUUAUUUAUCAUGUUCACUUGCCAACUUCUCAUUCCUCCAAAACAUGCUUGCUUUCCAGUUUUCUUCUACUUACCUUUUAGUAGCUGCUACCAACAAAAGUUUUUUUUUUUUUUUUGGUCCAAGGAGAGGGGAUUAUGUUGCACUAAACUUGAAGUUAAAUAGUAUCUCCCCCCCUCCCCCCUUUUUUUUUAAACCUCCCUCCCUAGGGCUUGGGGAAUUAUUUCCUCAACCAAAAGUGUCAGAUCUACAAACUUCCUAUCUUUGACUUGCCUACCAUCCCUACCUUUUUAUACGAACUUAAGAAGGUUCCAAUUCUGUUUAGGUCAUUAUGAAAAGGGGACAUUGGGGAGGACAAUGUUAGGAGAAUCGGUAUUCCAAUUAACUUUCCCAUUGUGUAAAUGAUAUGAAUUGCCCCGCUUGACACAGAAUUAAAACUCGGAAUGUUCUUCCAAACACCAUUUCUCCUCUCCCUUGUUAGGGUGCCCAGGGGAUUAAUUUAUACAAGUAUUAAGAAAAACCCUGAAAGUGUGUUAGCAGUAUUACAUUAAAUACCCUUUCAGAAUUUUUAAUUCUUAAUACAACUAUUGUAAUUAUUGAGUAUGAAGCAAAAUAUCAUGAAGCUUAUGCUUGAAAUCAUUUCAGGUCAAAGUAUCUUAAAUUGGAAAUUAAGUAUAUACACUAUUCCACUUAUGCUUUAAACAGGAAAGAUGUUCAAGAUAGAAUCAUUUAAAUUGCUGCCGUUAAGAAUCAAUCACUUUCUAAGGAUGGUUUUAAAUUAUCUUGACUAAUUAUGUAAGAAAUGGAAGUUUUCUAAUUUAACCAUCUUUUUCUUAAGCAUAUAGAACACUACUGCAAAACUUUCAUUUUACUAGAAAUCCUAGACUAUUAGUUUUAUGCAGUUAAAUUAUAGCUUAGUUUACUGGAUCAACCUUUUAAAAAGUGUUGAGCUUGUUAGUACUUUGUAAGGUUUGCAAAGCACUUUACACUUUUUCUUACAGUGUGUGACUGUGGAUCAUAAUGAAUUUACUUUGAUAUUAUCAGGGACUCUAUUGAGAAAUCAAUAGUGUGAAAUCAGAGGACCAAUUCAGUUUAGAAGUCCUGUAGAAAACCCUUUUGUUUUCUUGACCUGAAAUGGCAGCCGGGAAGCUUCUCACUCACCAUGAAAACAGUUCCACAUCUAGCCAAGUGCCAAAGGGCAUUUUUAAUGUAGCUUGUGCUGAAUUCAGUAACUUCUCACCUUACACGGUAAGCUUGUCGCAUAGUGACAAUUUACUGUAAUUUGCCAAACUUGUACAGAAUUUUUGGUAUCUUCCAACAGAAUUGCUAAAGUACUACUCUUCAUGUUUAUGUACUAAAGUUCAUAAAUCAGGCAACUAAUUCUUAGCUCUUCUUAUUGCAUGUAUCAUUAUGACCAAAUUAAAAAUUUU